AUGGCAGAGGGUUUAGACGCGAAAAUCGGCCCAUCGAUUUUGAACGCCGACUUGUCGAAGCUCUACGAAGAAUCGCAAAAGUUGCUGGAUAAUGGCGCGGAUUAUUUGCACUUGGAUGUGAUGGACGGCCACUUCGUUCCAAAUCUUACAUUCGGUCAUCCGAUUGUAAAGUGCCUGCGUAGUAAAAUAAAAGAUGCCUUCUUCGAAACUCAUAUGAUGGUAUCCGAGCCAGAGCAGUGGAUCGAACCCAUGGCUGAUGCUGGUGUAGAUCAAUAUACAUUCCAUGUUGAACCAGUUGAAGAUGUUCCUCUGGUCUGCAGAAAAGUGAGGGAAGCAGGAAUGAAGGUUGGUGUGGCGCUCAAACCAGAAACACCUGUGGACGUGGUAAAAACCUAUGUAGAUUUAGCAGAUAUGGUUUUGGUAAUGACAGUCGAACCUGGUUUUGGAGGGCAAAAAUUUAUGGAAUCAAUGUUAAAGAAAGUAGAAUGGUUAAGAGAGCUUUAUCCUGGAUUAAACAUCGAAGUUGAUGGUGGGGUUGGACUAAACACGAUUGAAUCUUGUGCUAAGGCUGGUGCUAAUAUGAUUGUUUCUGGUACAGCUAUCAUAGGCUCUGCUGAUCAGGCUAAAGUAAUUACUACUCUUAGAGACACAGUUGAUUGUUACUUGGACUAUCACAAGAGAUAUUAAGAAUGUUAUAAAUAUACAACUAUACAAAUGUA